CAUGAUUCCAGAACCCGAAUUCAACGGGCAUCAUCGGAGUUGAUACUGGCCGGUCCAUGGAUCCGUACCAACCCUAACGCCAUCUGGGCCGCCACCUGGUAAGUGGCGAUAGCCUCAGACUGUGUUGCACCUGUAUAGCCUACUAUUAUGAAGCAGAUAAGCGUUGGUAGCACCUUGCUGCCUGUACUCUGUUCGCCACAGUGCUCUUAUCGACAACAAUAUCUGGGGAAAUCCCGUGACAUGCCCUACUGGGUUUCCGCCCCUCGAAUCCUAGCAGCCAAUCAAUCGGCAUACAUUGAUACUUCUGGGACCACGGGGCCAAUCGGAGGUCGUCUAUGGCUCAAAAUCAGCGGCGUUAUAACAUAUCGGGUUUAGUGCGGGACCAAAGGCAAAGAAAAAACUGAAAAGAAAAAAAUUUUUCUGCCAGAAGGCGGCGAGAGGGC